CCCCAUUUAUACACAGAAACAUAUAAACUAUUAUAUGUGGUGUGCUAAGCCUAACAUUAACUAACCCUGUGUAUGCCGAGUGCUCCAGUUACUCCAGUUCUGACCCUGUGUAUACCAAGUGCUCCAGUAACUCCAGUUCUGACCCUGUGUAUACCGAGUGCUCCAGUAACUCCAGUUCUGGGUGUUAUAGUGAGUGACACAGAUGGACAACUGAACGCAUGCAAUUGUUUUCACAAUGACGACCAGCAUGGCUACUUUUUCCACAGUCAUCACACAAACGAACAUUUCAAUGGACAUAAAUAUCUCGACAACUGGCUUGAUGUCGUUCGAAAGGAAUAUCACAACAGUUCCAUCUGUUGAAACCGACUCGUUCAGAGUUUGUGGAACACCUGACAGCUGCCUGUGGACAGUAUUGUCACCUCUCAUAUUUUUCAUCGGAAUUUUUGGCAACAUUUUAAAUGUGUACGUCCUAAAACGUUUAAAAUUUUACGAGAACGCCACUCUAAUUCUGUUAUUCGUGUUGGCCUUUGUUGACAUGACUGUGCUGUGUGUUGGACCUACUCGGUAUUGGAUAAAGUCAACAUUUGAUGUUGAUAUAAGAGAUGUUUCUGGGUUCAGUUGCAAGUUUCACUUAUUCUUGAUCUAUUUUUCCAUGCAUAUGUCGUCAUGGAUACUAGUCCAAGUUACAUGUGUCAGAUUUAUCAAAACUGUUCUACUGGACAACCGGUUUACCACCAUAAGGAAGCUGGUGACAAUUAGAAACAGUAUUAUCAUUCUGGUAAUUAUCAGCGCGUGUCUAACGGCCCUGGAUUUUCAUUAUUUCUUCACAAAUGGAAUCCUAGAUGGCGAAUGUAACUCUUUGGCAGACGACAUUUACGCCUUUGAGGAGUUCGUAUUUACUUAUGUAGACCUGGUCGUUUUGGUGAUUAUACCUGGGGUAAUCAUGAUUGUUUUGAAUAUAUUAAUCAUACGACAGAUUCAAAAGCUGAGGUGUAACAAAAGACUAUCAACAGGAUCAGACGGCAGCAACCGAAUGUCGCAGAAAGGACAACAGUCUGUCUCCAAAAUGACAAAAAUGUUGGUGUUUACAACGUUUUACUUUGUCGCCGCCAGUUUGCCGAUAUGCAUCUACUAUAUCGUGGAUUCGUAUGUUCGUCCAGAUGCCAGUUCGGACGUCGAACAAUCACUAGACCUCGCCUGGGCCAUUGUAUAUCUGAUCCAAUUCACACAUUUCGCGAGCAACUUUUACUUCUACACAGCCACCAAUAAGCGAUUCAGGACCGAACUGGGAAAAAUCGGCAGAAGAGUGGGGAAAGUAUUCAUUCCUGUCCAAUCCUCCGAACCGUCCAACAGCGCCGACUCACAUCUUAGAUCAGCGACUGGCGACUCAUGACCAAGUCACCAAAUCACCAUGGUUACAGAGAUCUCGCCAUCACUAUGGCCACAGAAAGUCAUUUGGUGUUCACCAGUCAAUGAAGAAAAUCUGAAGAUAGUUUCGAAACAGAACUAUAACGAUAAAGAUUUGGGUAUCAGUCAACAUGACAACCACACAUGGAGUGUUCUAUUUGUAGCACAUCAUUUUCGAGUAAAUAUAUCUAAUGUCAAUAUGACGUGGAAAACGUAGUUUUCGUCAAGACUGGAAAGUGAUGGGCGAUAUCAUAACAUUCAUGUUCACACACUUCACGCAUCGCAAAUGUUGAAGAAUAUUUGAUAUAUUGUCAGCAACGGUAAAAAACUCAACAACAAAAACUUUCAUCUAUUGGGACACCUACUUUUGUCGCGUGUUUUGCUUCUUGACACGUGCUACAAUAAACUGACUUAUGUUGGAGAAUUAAGAAAACACUUGCACAUAAUUGCCGCAAUAUAAACAACGAAAACACAACGACCUGUUAAAAGUUAAAGUGGCCAAGUAUUCUCACCGUUAUGGAUUACAUAACAUGUUACUUAUCGUACUUAGUAGAGAUGGCGUGUUAACAUAGAUAUAUUUAAGGGUAUCAAAUACAGCUAGUGAUCUGCUUCGGAUUAGCACGUGAGGAAUUGCCAGAAAGAUCACGAAUUAUAUAUGUGUGGUGUAUAGAAGUUAUAUCAUACAGGGACCAGGCAACCGUCACUGUUACGGAAUUCGAUAUUCCAUCAUAUUUCUUUUCUCUCGGCUUCACAUUGUACAGCGAACUAUUUGAUAUAUUUUUGUAAGACAAUUUCUUUAUAUGUACAAACGACAUCUUUACAUUCAAUUUAAAUGUCUCGUUGAAUCAAAGAAUUAAAAAUGUCGUUGAAUA